AUGAAAUUCCGUAACGACAGCUUCGCCUUCGUGUUUUCAAACAAGCCCCCGGAGGCUGGUGAAGCAUUAUUGUCUUCAAAAGCUGGCGAUUUUCUGAUGUAUGGCAAAUGCUCAGUUUUUAGCAAAGUCUCAAUGACCAAGUCAGACGUCAAGGUAGCAUCUGAGGGAUACAUGAUGUUAUUGAAAGAUUCAUUGCCUGAUGAAGACCCAAUCACUACUCAAGACACAACUACUGCGUUUCCUACGCAGCGUACUCGUAUGGCAAAACCUCCGCUGCCUGCUUUGGCCAAAGAAGUUCUAUGGUAUGGCCACGAGAAGAGGUUUAAUGAAUCUCACAACAUUCCAUAUUCUCCAUUCAUCGCAAGGCACCAACGAUUAUCCGCGUCGAUUGAUAACAGCAAUUUCAACAACAUGCCUCCUCUCCCUAAAUCUUCUUUUUCCUUGUGGGUUGAAAGGGACUUACAGGAUGCAAAACACAGAAACAUCUCGCAGCUAGUUUGCAACCAAAUCAAAAUAUUUGAUAUUGCUCAUGGAAAUUACGACAAGUCUAUGAUGCGACGUCAAUUUGAGGGAUCGAACUGGUUUAACGAAUCAUACGACGAUGCUGUCAUUGACUAUUACGAUGCUCGGAAGGAUCAAAAAGAAUUGGAUAGCCUCAGAGCGCGGGCCUGGACAGCUGGAGCUCGUUGGAGACACGCAGAAUUAUCAGAAUAUUAG